GAAAGCUUAAAGACUUCAUGUUUUAUUUUAAAAGGUUCACUUUGGUUUUAGUUUAAAAGCUGAAACAAUGAAAGUGGAAAAAUAUGGUGAGAACACAAGAACAGGUUGAAGUUCCUCCCACUUCCUGGCUCUAAAACCAGGAAAUAGAUGGUGACUUUUAGACGCUACAGAACGACACAAAGCGAUCAUGUGGAGCUUCAGAUCAGACUGACGGAGUCCAGCUGCUGCUUGAAGCUGCUCACACUCCACACACUGAAGCUUCACUCAGAGUCUAAAUGGCUUCCAGACCAGAGGACCUCUGCUGUCYGGUCUGUCAGGAGGUCUUCAGAGRUCCUGUUCUUCUGUCAUGUAGCCACAGCUUCUGUAAAGACUGUCUGAAGGACUGGUGGAGACAGAAACCAACAAGGGAGUGUCCUGUUUGUAAGACAAGAUCUCCAACAGAUGAUCCACCCUGUAACCUGGCUCUGAAGAACCUCUGUGAGUCCUUCUUACAGGAGGAACAUCAGAGAUCUUCAGAGGCUCUCUGCAGUCUGCACUCUGAGAAACUCAGACUCUUCUGUCUGGACCAUCAGGAACCAGUUUGUCUCGUCUGCAGAGAUUCACUGAUAGACCAGGCCAAACACCUGGGCAACCUGGCCUUCAACAUCUGGACCAACAUGAAGGACCUGGUCUCCUACAGCCCCAUCAUCCUGGACCCAAACACUGCUGGUCCAGGUCUGGUCCUGUCUGAAGAUCUGACCAGUGUGAGACCAGGAGACAAACAGCAGCUUCCUGAUAAUCCUGAGAGGUUUGAUGGAUGCUGGUCUGUUCUGAGUUCUGAUGGUUUUAACUCAGGGAAUCACAGCUGGGAUGUUGAUGUUAGAGCCAGUAAAAGCUGGAGACCUGAUUUGGUACCAGGGUCAUUCGAGAAGAAGGGAGCUAUAUUGUCUGGAUUUUGUAGUUUGGAAUUCCUUAAAGGUACAUGGUACAGUCACCAGUAGGUCUUCCCAUAGCUCUCUCUGUUCAGAAGAAGCACCAGAAGAUCAGAAUGAAUCUGGACUGGAACGGAGGAAAGUUGUGUUUCUCUGAUCCUGA